GGGACAUUUUCGGACCAAUCAGUUGUAUUCAUUGAUCGCUGCAUGGUAGAUUAACUGCUUUACCGAGGAAGCCCAAAACAAGGUUGCGCGGACAUCAGAGUUAAAUGGGACGGAUACAGCAAAGAAACCAACAGCUCCUCACUCUACGAGCAAAUACGCGCGCAGACCGUCCAUGUUUGCGUACCUUAUCAUUUGAUAAGUUAGAACACAAGCCGCGAGCAAACAAUCUUAUCAUGCUGGCAUUCUUAGAGACGAACCACUCCGCAGUCUCCUCGGAGAGAGGCGAGCGGAAUUCAAUGGCAACGGCGAUCAACUGUGUAUGGUGAAAGUGUAUAGACAAAUGUAGUGUAAGUGUUAAUAAAGCCAAAGAACAAACCAAAGCUUCGUGCUCAAGUUUUCUAGUCUCGAAAGUCGGAACAGUUGGCAAGCUGGAGGACCUACAUACGUUGGAGGGUACCGAGAGCGUCGCUGCUAAUGUCAGCGAUGAGGUGGAAGAAUGCCUGGCGAAGAACUUCAAUAUCACAGAGGACUUCUGUCCAGCGUACCACGAUGGAUUACUUUGCUGGGACAGGACGCCGUGGAACACCCUCGCUGUGCAGAAGUGUUUCAGCGUGUUCCACGGAGUCCAAUAUGAUGACACACAAAAUGCCACCCGCCUAUGUUUGGAGGGCGAGUGGCAGAACUACACUAACUACGCGAACUGCACCGAGCGCAUGGCGAACGUGUCGCCCACCGACGUCACUAGUCUCAUCUACCUCACCGGCUACUCGCUAAGCCUGGGCGUCCUCUCGCUCGCUGUCUUCGUGUUUUUAUAUUUUAAGGAUCUCAGAUGUCUAAGGAACACAAUACACACAAAUCUCAUGUCAACAUACAUUCUAUCAGCGUGUAGUUGGAUUUUAAAUUUAGGUUUACAGAAUUGGUCGGAUGAAGCACAACAAGAUCAGACAUCGUGUCUGGUAUUAGUUAUAUGUAUGCAUUAUUUUUACCUGACGAAUUUCUUCUGGAUGUUAGUGGAAGGGUUGUAUUUGUACAUGUUAGUAGUGGAAACAUUCACGGCCGAAAAUAUCAAACUGAAAGUCUACACAACAAUAGGCUGGGGAGCUCCAGCGAUAUUCAUCACAUUUUGGGUUAUUUCGAGAUGUUUUGUGACUAUCAUCCCUUCAACAGAGUCGGAUGGGUUAUCCAUCGCUGGGGAAACCAAGAUGUGUCUAUGGAUCCACGAGCACCAGGUUGACUGGAUCCACAAGGCUCCUGCUCUUGUUGGACUUGCUCUUAACCUAUUCUUCCUCAUCAGGAUAAUGUGGGUGUUAAUUACGAAGCUGCGUUCAGCGAACACCUUGGAAACCGAGCAGUACAGGAAAGCGACGAAGGCGCUGCUCGUCCUCAUCCCACUGCUGGGCAUCACCAACCUGCUGGUGCUGUGCGGGCCCAGCGACGACUCGUGGUUCGCCCACGCGUUCGACUAUACUCGCGCACUGAUGUUAUCAACACAGGGUUUCACGGUAGCGCUGUUCUACUGCUUCAUGAACACGGAGGUGCGUCAUGCGAUCCGAGGACACGUGGAGCGAUGGAAGACCGGCCGCACCAUCGGAGGGGGCAGGCGGAGGGGAGCCUCCUACUCCAAAGAUUGGUCCCCACGGUCCAGAACUGAAAGCAUCAGGCUCACGGUAUGAAGAAACCUGCACCAACCGGAUAGCCAGGCCGUUUGGUUACCUGUGUCGACUUAUUGCAUUUACGAAGAAUUUAUAAUUUUAACAAUGAUGAUGUAAUGUGGAUUUGGAUGUAUUUUUAUGUUUGUUAUUUUCCAAUAAAUUGAUUGUUUAUUCUGCUUCACUUAUCUGGUUCUCUUUUCAAGCUUUACAUUUAGACUAAGUUAACCC